AGUCCGUCCGGUUUUUACUCAAUCCACACUCAGGGGAUGGAUGGAUGGUGGUGGUGGUGGUGGGCGGGCUGCUGGGAGACGGUUGGUGCUGGGGCUUGCACCCCCUCCGCCGUCUCGCGUGGCCACCACACCCGCGGCAUUGGCCAGACAUCUCGGCCCUCCUCGGUGCUAGUCUUUGUCUGACAGGUCUCCCCGUUUCUGUCGCUCGCUUGCCGCCGCCGCCGUUGGGCAGAAAAUAUGCGCAGCCGGAGAAAAAAAGGGGGUGGGUGGCAGCGAUAGAAAAAAAAAAGCCAACGCAGUGUGUGGACCCGACCUUCCUUCUUGAUGGAUAAUUGAUAUGUAUCCCUCUCGCUGCCCGUCGCCGCCUUGCCCUUCUUCUGCAUGCAGCAUGUUGCCCUACCUGCUGCUUCCUCUCACAACCUCAUCCUGCCUGCUCCCGUCUCUCCCUUGCCAAUCUUCUCGUUAGCCUCCUUUUUCUCUCAUUCUUCUCUACCGGUCUUCUUUUCCGUGCAGUGCGCAUUGGGGAAGAAGAAAAAACCCACAACCAAGCAGGCCGCCUCCCAUACAUAGCGCCUCAGACCCCCCGUCCCCCCCAUAAAUAUUCGCCACUCCUCGGACAAUGGCCGCUCCCCAUUGACUGAUACGCCCUCACGCGGGACCGGCUGGAUCGAGCAAGCCUCUUGUAGCACCCACACCCUUAGCUGACCUCGGCGCGAGACCCCUCGGGCUCCCAGAGCACGCCUCUCCCACCCGCUGCCGCCGCCACGGAAUCCACCAGCCUACACCUAGCUCCGCCGAGGCCUCUGGGACGGGGCAAUGUAUAUACCGUACCCAUCGAGCGGCCGGGGUGCGGAGGAGCCCGUAUCCGUCGCCAUUGAGACGCCAGCGUGGCUCCGGGGUGCCGUUUCCUCCAUUGCAAACACCCUCUGGGCCUCUUUUGCUGCUUCUUCGUCUCCUUCCUCCUCCUUUUUGCCAUCCUCAGCAAUAUCACAGCCGCCGCCGCGUGGGCUGCGGCGGCGGCAGGACCCCGGCCAGCUCAGCGUCAACGCCACGGUCGGCAUCGUGGUCGGCAUCCUGCUGGUGGCCUUCAUCAUCCUCGUCUUCUGGUUUCUGUACUACUUCCGCCCCCUCAACCGCCGCAGGAAGUACCACCACCGCCGCCACCGCCACCGCAAGUCCACGGGCAGCUCCACCGACGCCGCCGCCGCCCCUGCGGAUCCACCGCCGGCAUGACCAGAAAGAUGGGCGGACGCGGUCUAGUCCACACCGGCGCUCUUUGCUUGCUGAAUGUUGGAGUUGGUCGGGCCUCAUCAGGGCCCAGGGUUGCCCAUCUCGGAUGAAGCGGACCGACAGCACGCAAAGGCAUUACAAUUAACAGGAGACAUUACAAGCAAAGCGACCACUGUCCUAUCUCGGCAGCAUGUCAGAGAGACUACGCCCCAUCCCUUUAUCAACGCGAUUUCCUUCCCAGUUGUAGUUGCGGUUUCCUUAUCUGGCUCGAAAUAAUACCUCGACAUCAUCGGGCGAUUCUCGAGCGGGAGUUUUUGGCGCACCGAAGUUGGGUAUUGUACUAAAAAAGAGUUGAGCAGGGUUUUUUUUGGAGCAGAUUUGAACCAUGUAGUCACAGUUCCUUGUUUGCUCUCUUCUCAUAUUCGUUUGUUGGUUUCUUGGUUACGUCGCAGCCUCGUAGUCCGUGGCGUUUUAAUGUAUUAGUAUCAGUUUGUGUUGGUUGGGCUCUACACCAUGAAUCUACCUAUCCCCAUGCAAUUGACAUACGAGAUUUUAAUCACAUUUUCUGCCAUACCUACU